AUGAAAGCCAUAUGCUGCCUUCUUUUCCUAUCUGUUUUCUCCAUAAUCUCGUUACGUUCGCUAUCUCUUUCGCUAAACAAAGCCUACACAGCUGCGAUUACACGCCGCCACCUAGGCCAAGCAAAGUUAACCGAUGGUUUCGAAAUCAACAUUGAUGCUCGUUUAAACUUCCCUAAUCCAAGGCUUAAAAAGGCAUAUUAUGCCCUCCAAGAAUGGAAAAAGGUCAUACUUUCGGACCCUGAGAAAAUGAUCAAAAAUUGGGAAGGCAUAGAUGUGUGCUCAUACAAUGGUGUCUUUUGUGCAAAGGCACCCGAUGAUCCAAAUUCGAUGACGGUCGCUGGAAUUGAUCUAAACCAUGGCGAUAUCGCGGGCCAUCUCGUGCCACAUCUUGGGCUAUUGACUGAUCUUAGCAUAUUUCAUAUAAACUCUAAUAGAUUUUGCGGGAUCAUACCCGAUAGCUUCACAAAACUUACAAUCCUUCACGAAUUAGACGUAAGUAACAACCGAUUUGUGGGCCCAUUUCCCAAUGUUGUCUUGAAAAUGCCUAAACUAAAGUACCUAGACAUUAGGUACAACAAUUUUGAGGGAGAGUUACCCCCUCAACUAUUUGAUAAAGAUCUUGACGCUAUUUUCUUGAACAAUAACCGGUUUUCAUCGGUUAUACCCGAAAACAUUGGGAACUCAAAGGCUUCGGUGAUCGUGUUAGCGAACAAUGACUUCAAAGGAUGCAUUCCCAAGAGCAUUGGUCAAAUGACGAAGUUAGACGAGGUUAUUUUCGCGGACAAUGAACUUUCGGGUUGUCUACCAGACGAAUUGGGGUUGCUUGAGAAUAUAACAAUUUUGGAUGUGAGUGAAAACAAUUUUGUAGGGACCAUUCCUGAAGGUUUUGGAAAGUUGAAGGGUGUUGAAAUGAUUGAUAUUAGAAAAAAUGAGUUGACCGGCACGGUACUUGAAGGUAUUUGUACGUUACCGAAAUUGUUGAAUUUUACAUUUUCGGAUAAUUAUUUUAACCAGUUGGAACCGAAAUGUGAAAAACCGGUUAGACCGGAGCUGGUUAUGGACUACCGGGAGAAUUGUUUACCAAAAAAACCGGAUCAAAAAAGUGAGAAGAAAUGUGAACCGGUUGUGAACCGGGAAAUAGAUUGUGAAUCUGUGGGGUGUAAAUCACAAGUAGAUAGUGAUGAAGAGUCUAAAAAGAAAAAACCGCCGAAAAAACCGACACCGGUUCCUAAACCUAAACCACCACCGGUUCCAACACCAGCCAAACCUAAACCACCACCGGUUCCAGCACCAGCCAAACCUAAACCACCACCGGUUCCAACACCAGCCAAACCUAAACCACCACCGGUUCAAUCACCUCCGCCACCAGUAUUCUCUCCACCGCCACCUACACAAUCGCCACCGCCGCCGCCUGUCCCGUCUCCGCCUCCAUUUGAUGACAUCGUUCUUCCCCCUGAGGUUGGCUAUAGUUACCCGUCACCGCCACCACCGAUAUUUCCAGGAUACUAA